CCGAGAGCCAAGGUACAAGAAUAGGGAAAAACUUCUUUCAGGAGUUUGCCAUUCCGUGUAAUUUUUGCAUAAUUCCAGCAGCGUGAUACGGAAGAUUAUCACACUUAUCAGAGAUGAUAUAAACACUCGACUGACGAAGACGAGUUGAAGCGAUAUUUGUAAAAAUGCCGCUUGACAUCCCUGCGUUCGCGUACGCCGCUGUGGUGGCUGGUGGCGGAGUGUUAGGUUACGUGAAAUCGAAUUCUAUCCCUUCACUGGCCGCGGGUCUUCUCUUCGGAUCAAUUCUGGGCUAUGGCGCUUAUCAGACUUCCCAGGAUCCGACUAACGUCGCAGUCUUUUUAGGAACCAGCACGGCUCUCGGCGGUCUGAUGGGAUAUCGAUUUUACAACAGCGGCAAAAUAAUGCCAGCUGGAAUAAUUGCUGUAAUAAGUGCUGCUAUGAUCAUAAGGACAGUUACGAGAUAUUUCUCACCGGCGAUGAAGACACAGUGACUGUUAGUUGUCGAGUAUUAGAGAUAUCGCAUUUAUUAAUUUAAUUUUUCUUUGGUGCAAAGGGAACAGCGUCAGGAAGGAUUUACAAGAAUUUAUAUUUGAAAAAAUACAUAAUUUCUAAAUCUUCUUUUCUAACAGAUUUCAAUUUCAUUAUACUAAUCAAAUAAUAGUUGAAUGCAUGAAUGUUUAUUCAAUUAUUUUUUCAAUAAAGCAUUUAUGUAAGAACAUAAA